AUGGCGUGGCCUGUAGGAGGUUCAUAGAUCGAUUUGUCCAGAUCCUUGAUACACUUGAUGAGCUUCUGGAAAGAAAAGGGAUUCUGAGAUUGUUGCCAUUCGAGACAAGAUCACGAGCAAAAACACUGUGGCAGCUAUUCUGGUCAUGUGCGAUAUGCUCCAGCCAGUGAACAUCUUCUGCAAGUUUCUACAGGGUUCUGCAAUGGAUUUCUCAGAUGUGACAAGAAAAUAAAAGGAGUUGACAGACAACCUGGAAAUCUUAACCCAGAGAUUCAGGGCAUGCCUACAACCUCCAGGAGUGGAAGAUGACCUAUAUCUGUCGCGCAUGAGCACCCUCUUUGCAGAAAUUGAUCAACGAACAGUUUAUUCAAGAAGACUAAGAGACAAGGACAGUUACACCCCUACUCAGGUAGUGGAGGAGCUUGCCAUCCCUAUGGUCAACAAACUCCUAGAAGAACUAGAUAGCGGUUUCAACUUCGUGUCGCCAGAGCUUAAAGCCUUCUCAGUCUUCACAUUGACAAAUCUGCCUGAAACCAUUGUGGAACUGCGAGAAUCAGACUAUGGAAAGGCGAAAAUUGAGACCUUGACCUCACACUAUGGGCUUCGAAAAGAAGACACAUACAAAGGUCAAACAUUGCAGAGCCCACCAUUGUUCGACAAGGCUACUGCCCUUGCAGAGUUUGACGGCUUUAAAUAUGUUAUGUUCAUGCAUAGAAACAGCAAUCCACCUGUGGAUUUGCUGCAGAAGAUGCUGGGGGAUGAACAUCUUAGGACAACCUACCCCUGUAUGUACCAGCUGUUGCUGCUGUCAAGACUUGUGCCCUCCAGCACUGCCUCUGUGGAAAGGGUGUUUAGCCUAAUGAACAAUCUCUGCACAACAAAUCGAAACUGUUUUUCUCAGGAAACAUUGACAGCACUAAUAAUGCUGUGCAGGGAGGGAUGCGAGCAACUUAGUGAUGUGCAAACAUCACAGACUGUAGAAAUUUUUAAAAAAAUGAAAGAGAGGGACAUUUCUUUAUAAGAGAUAUAAGAGAUCAAAACAACUAAUAAUUGAUUUUGUGUGUUCUUUAUAAUAUUUUGUUAUUUAUAUCAACUUUAUUACUUAAUGGUCAUUAAGGCAUGCCUGCAAAUGAUUAUUUUAAUGGGUUUGUUCAAUUAAGUAUGAAUUGUAUGAUGUAUUCAAUAAGACCCAUACUUCACGACGCGAUUUUCCCAAUUUAAGGAUUUCACGACUCGAUUUUUCCCAAUUUUGAGGUUUUCACGACUCAAUUUUUCCCAAUUGGACCGGUACGGGUACUUUUCCCAAUUGGACAAGGAAAA